AUGCCCUCACUUCCGGACUCUAAGGCCUUCUUCUCCCUGGGCCUCUGCAGCCGAAGGCAGAAGACCAAGAGAUCCCCGACGUUGGCACAGGGAACGUACAGGUCCCCACAGCAGCCUCGAAGACUGCCCACACAGGACCCAGGAGGGGAGCAGGGCUGCAGGACACAGAAGGGGAGGCCUCAGCAGCCCGCUCCCCCACUGAGCCCAAGGGAGCCCGCAUCCAUCAAAGGCGUAGGGGCCGAGCAGUGCUCCCAAAGGCCCAGGGAGUUCAAGCGCCUUGCAGCUGCCAGCUCAGUGCGGUCAGGCUCCGGGUCUCAGCGCUCUGCAGAGGAGAGCCUGCUGCCCCUGACAGCCCGACUGCUGGCAGCGUUCCAGGAGAUCUUCAAACUGUUCAGCUCCGGCCCGACAGGCUCUGUGGACAUGCGCAGCAUGAAAGCCACCCUGCGCAAUGUGGGCAUCCAGCUGAGCCCACAGGAGAUGUGCGAGGCCCUGCAGCAGGCAGACUUGGAUGGUGAUGGAACCGUAAGCUUCAAAGACUUCCUGGGUGUCCUCACGGACAGCUACCGCCUGGCUCAGUGCUUGGGCCACGUGAGGAACAGCCAGUUCUGGGACCCCCAGGGCCUGCAAACCCUGUUCUUAGAGAUGCUGUUCAAGCUGAUGAACCAGGGCUUCCUGCCUCACAGGGUGGUGCAGGAAGUGAUGAGCUACUACACCAAGAAGCAGCGGGCUCUGCGGCUGAACCCCGGCUGGAAGGGCGGGUCCCGAGGGCGCAGCAGCGCGGGGCGCCCUCACGUGGGCCUCACCUUCUUCUGCCAGGCCGCGCGUCUCAGCGGCCUCUCCAGCGCCGAGCUGGAGCGCUCCCUGCACAGACUACACAAAGCGGGUGCGCACAGCCCCUACUCUCAGAUACCUAACUUGGCCGUGUGGACACCCCCAGAAGACGGGAUGUGGCACCGAGUCCCGCGCCCCAAUGUCCGACUUCCCAAGUCCUGCCACUCCAGCCGCCACAAGCUCGCGCCCACCCAGAGGUCGCUUAGCCCGGAGUUCGUGGGCCAGCCACUAGACUAUCUGCGCCCCUCGAAGAUGAUUCCUUCCCCCCCAACUCUAGUGCAGAAGCAGCCCUACUCCCCUUCGCCAGCCUGUUUGCAGAAACCUGCUAUGAAAAAGUAA